AUGGCAAAACGAAGGCCCGCUCAUACAACGCAACAACUGGAGAGAAAGCUAGGUUAUGAUAUCAACCACGAUAUCAGCGGAUUCGAGUCCGCAGCGUACUAUAUCGACCUUCGACCUGUUCCGCAGGACAAGCACUCCAGGGUUCAACGCGAGCUCGAUGAGCAAACAAGAUGUGAAUUUCCUGUGUCAGAUGAUGGCGAUAUCUUGUUCGAGAACACGAAACCUUCUUUCCAAAGCGAGGUGGUUGAUUACGAUGGCAACACCACGACCUUGAAGCGCACGAACCAUUCACGAAUGUAUCCUUUCGCUGCUAGCAUUGAUUACAACUUUCGGUUGCGUUUCUCCUUCCUGCUCACAUCAGUCGAAGCCUCGCGCGCACUAUCUGCUCCCAAGUUAAUAUACAAUCCUACCUCCGAUCUUGGACCGAUCUUUUCGAGCCUGCCAGCUGAAAUUCGUCAAAAGAUAUUCUAUUCGGUCAUUCCAUCAGGAAUCUGGGAAAGACAAGAACACGGUGUCUGCUUACCCAACCUUGCCGAGAGUCUCGGAGAUCAAAGUGGCUUCUUCUUUCCUCUUUGUCAGCUUCCCUUGUUGAGAACGUGCAAGCAGAUACGCUUUGAGUCUUUGGCUUUUGCAUACCAGAAGACGAUGUUUCGACUGGAUGACAUAGACGAAGCCAUUCAGGUUCUGAUUGCAGCAGGGCAAGUUGGGAGACAGAACAUAACAGCAUUGGAAUUUUCAUGGAGCAGCAGGAGUGACCUUGAACGUCAAGCGAGCAACGCACCGGCUGAUCGGGAAUUCGUUCCUGCUUUGGUUACCCUUCACGCGGAAGAGUGCAGCAUCUUACUCGAGCAAUGUCGCAAUUUAAAACAUCUUCGCCUACAAUUCGACGAGGAUCUCGUUGAUGCUUUCUUGCCGGAGGUUUAUGAAGCAAAUGAAGGUCUUCGACGUCUACAACAUAUACGUGGGCUGCAGAAGCUGGAUAUCAUAGAUGCGGCGGGCGAGCCGCUCAAACGGACUCAAUUUGUCCAAUGGCUGAGAGAAUUAACGUCGGCUCCAGGAUGA